AAUGCUUAAGAAUUGCGAAGCUAAAUGACUAGAAUGUGUUUUGACUCUGCCAAUUUACAGGAGAAGGGAGCAGCACGGAAAAGGGCGGGAGGCGGGAGAUAAAGGUACGGGAAGCGGGAGAGCAGGGGGCGGGAGGCGGGAGGUUCUGACCCCCUUGUCCUCCUCUCCUCCCUCCCCCCCAACUAAACAGACUACAUGAAACAAGAAGUAAAUAUCGUCCUGGAGUCAGCAAUGUUCUUAAACAUCCAUGUAUUGAAAGGGAUCUUCUAGAGGAAGUCUUUGAGCCACUAACAACAGCACCUGUAUACGCCAGCCUUCUUUUAUCAUUUUGAAAUUCCUGUUACUGUUUCUAACUCGAUUCCACCUGGAGGAAUGUUUCAGUAGCAUGCUACAAGAAACAUGUGAUCGACCGGGAACUACUAGAAACCAGAUAUUUACAAUUUCUACGAGUGCACAAAGGAUAUAGAUUCGGGUGGAGAUGAUAGUUACACUCUCUGCUCGAUAUAUUAUUGUGAAAUUUUGCAAAUAACUUUGUUCAUCACAAGUCAAGAUGCAAAUAAAGCUUACCAGUAAAUAAUUUUGUAUUUAUGCUGAUCUGAUUCAAUUUCUUACCGUGGUAUUUAAUUUCCUGUGUGUAAAUUUGUGAGUAUUUGUCAGUCGCGAUGCUCUCACUGCAUUUCUCGAUUUUUUUGCAAUCGCGAAGUUAAAUAUGGAUCAUUUAGGGACCACAAUAAGCCGACAGUAGACUAUCAUAUGAUGCGCACUUUCCGAGAAAAAAAAGCAAACUUGUCAAAAUCACAUAACAGUGUCAACCAGUCGCAUAAGAACGGGAAAAACCCCUUUUCUUAUGUUUGAACAAGACUUUCGCUUCCUAAUCUUGCGGUCCAAACGCACAGGCAAGAGGCUGUCGAGGCUGGAGGAAUCUUGAAACUGUUCCAAAGAAUUGGGAAUACGUACAUAUACACAAGGAGGAAGAGGAUUUCCGAUAUAGCCAUGAGUUCCAUGUGGUGCUGGAUUUGUUUGCUGUUUUUCCUGGCACUUGUAAACAUGGAAAUUAUUACCAUCAAUAAAGGGAAACGCCAAGCAAAAGUUUUACUUUCUUCAGAACUUCACUAUCUAGCCAAGCAAUGUACGGAAGAAAAGCACGCCUUCGUUGCCAGCGACUCCGUGGAACGUUUUACAAAACUCUUGGGUACUAUUGGAGGUUGUGAUGGGAGUGAAAAGUGCGCCAUUGAAAAUGUCCAAGUGGAAUGCGAAGAACGGAGCGUUACUCUUCGCCGAACGGACAUAGUUGGUAUCAAACAGGCUUCUAAAGUUCCUGUUACGGUGAAAUUCGCUUUAAGAGUCCCACUGCCAAGCAACACAUCCGUGGUUAGUCUGAACCAGACAACUCAACAGGUAUCAAGUAACAUUCUAGCAUCCCUGAAUGAAACAGACCUGACUUUGAACAUCAGUGGAGUUGUGUUGGAAUAUGACCCAUCAAAACCACCGGUGGUACGAAUAGUUGGUCUUGUUUGUGACAAAGGGCAACUUCCUAAAGGGACAAAGUGUGAGACAAGAAAAACAGCGAUGUCUAAUCAAGUUAAAAGAGUAUCAGGCACCGUCGCAGGACUCCUAACGCUUAUUGUUAUUAUUAUUGCUCUGAUUGUUCUGGUUUUCGUGCGGAAACACUAUCUCCGUGAUAAAAGAAUGACAUCCGAUCCAGUUAUUUCUUCAAGGUCUCCACUUCUCUCCCUUGAAAUGAGUGAAACCUUGGUUCAGAUACAAAAUGAGAGGGAUCGGGAUUCACCGAACUGCAAAAACGAAACUCUACACAGUCACCUUCCCACGUCAGUUCCAAAAUACAUUACAAAAUCAGAGGCCACAUUUACCAGUACUGGUGGAGAGUUGAGUGAACCAUUGGACUCUGACGUACGUAUAAUCGUUCCUAGAGGUGCGAUUCCCGCUGGAAUAAGCCAACAUGUCUUCUUUGGAGUGUUUUCAGACGAGACAGCGUUGAUGCAGGAUUUCUCGGAGGCACCCGAUAAGACUCUUAUUUCUCCCGUGGUUGAAUGCGGGCCUCAUGACAUCCACCUGUCAAAGCCAGUCGAAAUUAUCGUCCCGCAUUGCCUCUGCUUAAGGGAAGCUAGAAAGGAAUCGAUAACUGUCUACAGAUGUGGUAAUUUUUCUGCUGAAUUCGAAGGUCGCUUAAGCUGGGAGAGAGUGCCUAGUAAAUCGGAGAAAAACAGUCAGAGCAGGUCUUGGUUUACAGUGGGAGAAGACUCUAUUCGCAUAAAAACCAAGACUUUCUCACUCUGGAGCAUAUUUGCCUGUGGCGGGCCAAGGAGGAAGAGAGCGACAGUUUUUUCCAGCAGACCGGAUCCCAAAAGCGACCUUAUCUACUUACGAUUCUACGUCUACAGUGAUAACGAGGAUUCUAAGAAGCACGUGGAGUUAAAAGAUAGAGAACGGUUUCCUGACUCGAAGCUAGCCAGGGAGCAGCCCUUUAGAAUGUACAGUGACAGCAAAGUGAUCACGGUAAAACUCACUAAUCUUGAAGAAGGAUGGAAAUUCGACAAGACCAACGAUAUGCAGAUAUACCACUACGAGAAAGGCAGUAGGAAUGGAUUUCGCACUAACAAUGCCUGCGAUUUUGCUGUGAAACCAGAGGAUGGUCGAGAUGUGGACGGGUUUUCUUGUAUUGUAAAGUUUCAACAGGAAGGCCACAUCCAAGAAUACUCAAUUUACCUGAAUCCAGGGUUUACGCCUUUAAAGAAAAUAGUGGAAUCUAAGAUGGCGGAUCCAAGAAGGGAGCGGCAGAAUAUCCGGCGAAAGCCCGCAGCGGGGGGCUUAAUUGUCACUGCCUCUAAUAACACCCGUGCGAUAGCUGGAUGUUCCACCUCGACAGGGCCCAAGGAGGAAGAUGACGACUGUGACAGUCACAAUCAGGAGGGACGAUCAUCACCAGAUUCUUCGAGAGAAAAUAGAUACGUUCUGUGUGACCACUUUUUCACAUCACUGGGCCUUAGCGAUGGUAAGCCAGUAACGGAAAACCUUCUCUGGGAUAUUAGCCCCUAUGUUGGAGUCAAGUGGAAGCUCGUUCUUCGAAAACUGUCCAUCAAGGAGGCAAUCAUAAGAAAUUUGUAUGAGGACUACAAGAACGCUUCAGUUGAUGAAAAGUGUUACCAAGGGCUUUUAGUAUGGAAGGACGGUCAAGGCCCUGAAGGAGCAACGAUUAAAACUCUGUGUGACGCCCUGCGUCUCGCAGGUUGCUCAGAAGCGAUGAAAGCAUUGAGAGAAAAUGCGUUACAAGACACUGACUGCUAAAUUUGAAUUGAACUUAGAAUAAUUGGACGGGGAACAUGUUUCAUAAUUUCGAAAAGUUUGUGUUUAGUUGUUUGGUAGCCGGCCCUGUGAAUCAACCUUACUACCUUUUGCUCGCUGAAGGUGUAGAUUAGGCCCUGCGGUCACAUUCCUCUGGCCAACGGACAACUCCCACUAUGAGACGCGCCUGCAAGAAAUUAUGAUAGUUGUAUUCGUCAUCUUGGACUGGAUGUUAGUUGUCAUGAAUACACUGACAACCAUGAUUCCUUGCAGGCGAGUCUCAUACAGGGAAUUACCCAUUGGAUUGUUGGGUGAGUUACUGGGAAAUUUUCUCAGGGAAUUCACUGUGACAGCAAAUUGAAGGAAUGUUUCUCCUAGGAAAAAGGUUACACAUUUACUCGCAACUAUAAAUUUGUCCUAGAAAUGCCCAUUUGUUGGUCACUUCAGUCCUGGCCCAAAUGCCGUGCUACAAAAGAAUUAUGACUAUUUUUUAUUGGCCCUUUCUGGUCCUCCGUUACAGUAGUCAAGGGAUUUCGUUUACGCGGGUGCACAAGAAAACAACAAUGAUCAUAAUAUAAGACUUCAUCGUACAGCCGCAGCUUUUUGGCUGCUAUCAGCCUGGCCCUUGAAUAUCUUACUGUUCAGGGCCAAGUAAUGCUGUCCUGGCACGAAUCAGGGACAGAGGUUUUUUUUUUUAUUAUUAUUAUUAUUUAUUUAUUUUAUUUGUUGUAUUGAUUUGCCACACAACAAAAAUAGAACUAGAGUACAAUGUUUAGUGAAUAACAAAAAUUAAUAAGCAGGAUUACGAUGAAAAUGCAAAACUACAAUUUAUAUAUUAAAGGAUACAAUACAAAAUAGCGAGGGAACCUAAUAAAAACCACGGAGUUGUAAGCUUAGGUUCCCUCUCAAGAAGCACCAGAUAACUAACUUAGAUAAAGUAAUUAAUGGCAAGCCUUGUUUAAUGACAUAGUUAAUAGUUACCGAUAAUAUAUGCUUUAAGUUUUUGUUUUGCUUGAAUGUCUUGAGAUUUAAGCAAGUUAAGCUUCUUAAAAAUACGUUCUGUGUGAGCACUAUAAUAGGACUUGUCCACUAUCCUAAUCACACGUUUUUUGCAAAAUUACAAUUCUUUAAAUGCUGGUUUUAUAAGUUGAUCCCCAACCUAGAUUACAAUAAUUAGGGUAUGGAAGCAUCAUUGGGUUAAGUAGCAUGCGAAGAGAAGGUGUUGAAAAAUAAAAAUAGAGCUAAAAAUUA